AUAAUCAGCUGUUUGGUUCUACAGGUUGAGUCAGGUAACUACUCAGCUGUGGCCAUCUCAGCGGGGAUCAGGAACAGCACAGCCCAGCGGCAGGUCAUGACCCGUAAUGACCUGAUCGCCCUCACCAGUCUCAUCAACAACAUGACCUCACUCUUGCAAAUUCAGAUACUGGAGGAGAAAAAGGAAGAGGAGAGACUAUCAAUGGCCCUAAACUAUACUGAUGACCUGGUGGCGAUCACUGGCAACGUUCUCUCCGUUCCUGACACCUGGCACGGUCUCAACCAGAGGGACGCGGGUCAACUAGGGUCAUCGCUGCUGAUUAACCUAGAGUGUUCUGGGUUCAUCUUGGCAGAUCAGGUCAAACGUGAUGUGGUGACCUUCCUUGACGCUCAGGUCAACAUGACUGUCCUCUCCUCUCCCAGGAACGAGCUGUCAGGGAAUGACCUGUACUUCCCUGGAGCUGGAGAAUCUACCUUCCUCCACCUCCCUGGGGGCUUUGAGUCUCUACUGCCGAAGGGGGAGGAGCAGGCGCGGCUGGUGGGCUUCCUCCUCGACCAGCAGGCAGCUUCCAGGGCUCUUCCAGCUCACCUCAGCAGGGACGUCUCUCACGCCACCUACAAGGAACUCAACAGCCCCGUGGUAAGCAUGUCUCUGGGGAGGUCAGGUCAUGCGGUCAGCUUCACGCCCCUGGAUGAAGGUGUUCUCCUACGUCUCCAACACACCAUCAGUGAGAGCGGCCCAGCCUACAGAGACCUGUACCGGGACCUGCGACCUGAUGAGCUGCCCACACCGGUGCCAGGUACUGCCCAGUGUGUCUUCUGGGAUAACGAAAACAGCGAGUGGGCUCCUGACGGUUGCAAGUUAGUAAACACAACAAAAGGGCUGACCUUCUGCCGCUGUUCCCACCUCACCAUGAUCGCCAUCAUCACCGACUUUCACAACAAUGUCGGUCGGGAUCCUGCAUUGGAUAUACUGGGCACUGUACUGACUGGUGCCUCUUGCGUGUCCCUCUUCAUCGCCUUCUGCAUCUUCCAGUGUUACAAGAGUGUGGCCAGCCCUCGCACCAGCAUCACCAAACAACUGUGUGUGGCCCUCGGUCUCUCACACCUUCUUCUGCUACUGCUGCUGGAUCGUGACUUCCUCAAGCUGUCUUCGACCGUGUGUGAGGUGGCAGCGAUCGUCCUCCAUUACUGGGUGACCGCGAGUGUGUGUUGGAUGCUGGCCGAGGGAGCACAUCUCUUCCAAACAGUUCAUCAUGUUCUGUCACCGACCCGCUAUAUGGCAGCUUACUGGAUGGUGGGUUACGGUGUGCCUGUGGUGGUGGUGAUGGUUACUCUCCUAGUGGCGUAUGGUUCAGAUUCUUGGACAGACCAACUUGCUUACGCUCCCCCAGGCAGUGAGUAUUGCUGGUUGUCUACUGAACGAGGCUACAUCUGGGCUUUCAUUGGACCUAUGGUGAUGGUGAUUGUGGUAAACGCCUUGAGCAUGAUCUUAGCCGUACGCUCUGCCGCCAUCCUGAAAGCCAAUAAACAGAAGAGUCUCCCUCAACAAGUGAAGUUAUGGAUCAAAGGAUGCUUCUCCCUCAACUGUCUCCUGGGGACGUCCUGGGUGUUCGGACUUCUCUAUGUCAACACUGGACACUUUUUCGCCUACCUAUUCACCAUCCUCAACGCCUCACAGGGGGUGAUGAUCCUGGUGCUUCACUGCCUGGUGAACGAUAGUGUUCGCUCGGCCGUCAUUGUCAGCCUUCCGCCAGGUGUCUCCAAAUACCUGGGCGUUAAGCCAACGAAAAACUCACCCGUCAGCUCAGCUACCAUGGUCAGAAGGCGAUCCACUCUCCAUCCUCGCCCUACCUCGAUCGCCACUCUCUCCCUCGAUCUCCACCACCGCUCCAACGCUCGCCACUACCAUCACCACCAUCACGACAGCGGCGGAGAAUUUUGUGUCGACGAUCGCCAAUUUAUCGCCAACAAUAGCCUUUGCCAACUCCGCCAUAGUGAUCGCCAACGUUCCUCCAUCGAUUGCCACCACUGUGAUGAUCGCCAACUCUGCUCAAGCGAUCGCCAACUCUGCUCUAAAGAUUACCACCGCAGUUCCAGCGAUCGCCAACUUUGCUCAGAUGAUUGCCAACUCUGCUCAAGCGAUCGCAAACUCUGCUCUAAAGAUUACCACCGCAGUUCCAGCGAUCGCCAACUUUGCUCAGACGAUUGCCAACUCUGCUCAAGCGAUCGCCAACUCUGCUCAAACGAUCGCCAACUCUACUCUAAAGAUUACCACCGUAGCUCCAGCGAUCGCCAACUCUGCUCAGAUGAUCACCAACUCUGCUCAGACGAUCGCCAACUCUGCUCUAAAGAUUACCACCGCAGUUCCAGCGAUCGCCAACUCUGCUCAGACGAUCGCCAACUCUGCUCUAAAGAUUACCACCGCAGUUCCAGCGAUCGCCAACUCUGCUCAGACGAUCGCCAACUCUGCUCAAACGAUCGCCAACUCUGCUCUAAAGAUUACCACCGCAGUUCCAGCGAUCGCCAAAUCUGUUCAGACGAUCGCCAACUUUGCUCAAAUAAUCGCCAAUUUUGCUCCAGUGAUCGCCAACUCCCCUCCACCAAUUAUCAGUCACGUUUUGCCACGAUCGCCAGGGAACACAUUCGCCAGUACAGAGGAGUGACCUGAGCCACAACAGAAGAAUGACCACCUCCGCCUCACGAACAUUCCCAGGUGUAAACAGGAGGAACAGCAAGGUGCGGGAGAGCUGGAAAACGCUUGCGACUGCCGCACCUUCACCACGUCUGCCGCAGAU